AUGGCUAACCAAAUUACUCACCCAACAAUUGUCGAUGGUUGGUUCAGAGAAAUCUCUGAUACCAUGUGGCCAGGCCAAGCUAUGACUUUGAAAGUUGAAAAAGUUUUACAUCAUGAGAAAUCCAAGUACCAAGAUGUUUUAAUUUUCAAAUCUACUGACUACGGUAAUGUUUUAGUCUUAGACAAUGUCAUUCAAGCCACUGAACGUGAUGAAUUCUCUUACCAAGAAAUGAUCACUCAUUUAGGUUUAAACUCUCACCCAAACCCUAAGAAAGUUUUAGUUAUCGGUGGUGGUGAUGGUGGUGUUUUGAGAGAAGUUGUCAAGCAUGAAUCUGUUGAAGAAGCAUGGAUUUGUGAAAUUGACGAAGCAGUUAUCAGAUUAUCUAAAGAAUACUUACCAGAAAUGGCUGCCUCCUAUUCCCAUCCAAAGGUUAAGACUCACAUUGGUGACGGUUUCCAAUUUUUGAGAGAUUAUCAAAACACUUUUGAUGUCAUCAUUACCGAUUCUUCUGAUCCAGAAGGUCCUGCUGAAACUUUAUUCCAAAAGGCUUAUUUCGAAUUAUUAAGAGGCGCAUUGACCGAAAAAGGUGUUAUUACUACUCAAGCUGAGAGUAUGUGGUUACAUUUACCAAUCAUUAAGGACUUAAAGAAAGCAUGUUCUGAAGUUUUCCCAGUAGCUGAAUAUGCUUAUACUACUAUUCCAACUUAUCCAUCAGGUCAAAUUGGGUUCAUGGUUUGUUCCAAAGAUAAAAACGCUAAUGUCAAGAAGCCUCUACGCGAAUUGCCAGAAGCCACUGAAGAAAAAUUAUACAGAUACUACAAUAAGAAGAUUCAUGAAACUUCCUUUGUGUUACCAACAUGGGUUGACAAGGAAUUAUCUUCUUUAUAA